AUUCCUUUUAAUUAACACUGAUUGGUACGUCCUUCUGAUGACCUCGUUCUAGUUUCGCCCCGGAUUGGAGAGAUCCAUGGGAAGGAUUCUCACGUGCCACGGUGUCCUUGAGUUGGCGCUUUUUGUCUCCAAUCUCCAUGACGGUUUUAGGCGGCGGCUGCUCCUUUCCCUCCACUUUAUUCUCUCUCUGCUCUAGAAUUGGAAAAGGCUCCUCCCUUCUUUUCUCUCCAUACACCACCACCACCACCACCACCACCACCACCGCCGCCGCCGCGACUCCUCCUCCUCCUCCUCCUCCUUUCGACGUCUCAUAAAAAAAAUGCGAGAGCGAUCUUCCACUUUCACAUUAUGAAACUAAAAGGACGGCUUCGAUCAAACCUCUACUGUAACUAACUGCAAGUUCCUGGCCAUCCGUUUCUUCUUCCUCACGUCUGGCGAGCAUUGAUUUACCUCGGUAUUGAUCGGAAGGAUGGAGUCCUGUGACUGUAUCGAUAUGCAAUGGCCACAUGAAGAACUUCUUGUUAGAUAUCAGUACAUAUCGGAUGUUUUAAUUGCCUUCGCAUACUUCUCCAUUCCCAUCGAGCUUAUAUACUUUGUGCAAAAAUCAGCAUUCUUUCCGUACCGAUGGGUGCUUAUGCAGUUUGGUGCCUUCAUUGUUCUUUGUGGAGCGACCCACUUUAUAAAUCUGUGGACGUUCUCGAUGCAUUCAAAAGCUGUUGCUGUGGUGAUGACUGUUGCAAAAAUUGCUUGCGCUAUUGUAUCAUGUGCAACAGCUUUGAUGCUUGUCCACAUUAUUCCUGAUCUACUGAGUGUUAAAACCCGGGAAUUAUUUCUCAAGAACAAGGCUGAAGAACUUGAUAGGGAGAUGGGCCUUAUUCUCACACAGGAAGAAACUGGAAGGCAUGUUAGAAUGCUGACUCAUGAAAUUAGAAGCACACUUGACAGACAUACUAUAUUGAAAACCACUCUUGUUGAGCUGGGUAGGACCUUAGGCCUCGAGGAAUGUGCGUUGUGGAUGCCUUCAAGAACUGGUUUGAAUCUGCAACUUUCUCACACCCUGAACUACCAAAUACAAGUGGGAUCUUCUGUACCUAUAAACCUUCCUAUAGUCAACGAAGUCUUCAGCAGUGCUCAUGCAGUGCGUAUACCAUAUAACUGCCCACUGGCUAGGAUCAGGCCCCUUUUUGGUAGGUACCUGCCACCCGAGGUUGUUGCUGUUCGUGUACCUCUUCUACAUCUGUCAAAUUUCCAAAUUAAUGAUUGGCCUGAACUCUCUGCAAAAAGCUAUGCUGUCAUGGUUUUGAUUCUACCAACAGAAAGUGCUAGAAAGUGGCGAGAACAUGAAUUGGAACUUGUUGAAGUUGUUGCAGACCAGGUAGCAGUUGCUCUUUCGCAUGCUGCUAUUCUUGAAGAGUCUAUGCGGGCACGUGAUCAGCUCAUGGAGCAGAAUGUUGCUUUAAAAUCAGCUCGUCGAGAAGCAGAAAUGGCCAUACAUGCUCGGAAUGAUUUCCUUGCUGUCAUGAACCAUGAGAUGAGGACACCAAUGCAUGCAAUUAUUGCAUUGUCUUCACUUCUUUUAGAGACUGGACUAACUACUGAACAAAGAGCAAUGAUUGAGACAGUAUUGAAGAGUAGUAACCUCUUGGCAGUACUUACUAAUGAUGUGCUAGAUCUUUCAAGACUUGAAGAUGGAAGCUUAGACUUAGACCUUAAGACAUUUAAUCUUCAUGAGCAAUUCAGAGAGGUUGUUGGUUUGAUAAAGCCCAUUGCAUCUGUUAAAAAGUUAUCUAUGACUUUAAGUAUGGCCCCAGAUUUGCCUGCAUGUGCAGUUGGUGAUGAGAAACGGCUGACACAAACUAUUCUGAAUGUUGUGGGCAAUGCUGUCAAGUUCACAAAGGAGGGUUAUGUGUCUAUUGUAGUUUCUGUUGCAAAACCAGAUUCUUUGAGAGACUGGCGGCCUCCUGAAUUCUACCCGAUGACGAGUGAUGGCCACUUCUAUCUACGUGUGCAGGUUAAGGAUUCUGGCUGUGGUGUUCUCCCACAAGAUGUCCCACACCUUUUUACUAAAUUUGCUCAGCCACAUAGUGGAUCUAGUCGAAGUAAUGGUGGUGCAGGACUUGGGCUUGCCAUCUGCAAACGAUUUGUAACUCUCAUGAAGGGCCAUAUAUGGAUAGAAAGUGAAGGCCUUGACAAAGGUACAGUGACUACUUUCAUUGUCAAACUUGGACUCUGCAACAAUCCAGAUGAUCCAUCUGUACACCAAGCUGCAUCAAGAGGGCGAGCAAAUCAUGGAAGUGGAGAUCUCAUUGGACCCAAGCCUCUGUUCAGAGAUUUUGAUGGGGUUGCUUCUUCCAAUCCACGUUAUCAAAGAAGUCUGUAGAUACCUAUAGAAGCGGAUAGGUAUUAAGAAACAAAGCUGAUUGGCAAUAUGUAAAUGUUCUUUGUGAUAUGGUUUGGGGGCUAAUAGCAAAUGAAGGUAUUGAUGAGUAACCUGGGAGGCCUGAAUGUGAUAAUAUCAGGCUAAUAUGCAACCAACGAAAAGGGCGCUGGUUAUAUAUUAGUACAUCCUCCAAAUCACUCCAUAGUUAGUUGUAUUUGGCUGUGAUUUCUGACAAUAAAAAAGUUUUUGAGGUCAUAUGUCAUUGAUUCAUGGUUUAUGCAGUAGCUCGCUGGAGGAAAUGACCCGCCCGCCCAUGUGCUGGCAUUGCAUUUUCUCAUAGCUUUUGUAGAUAUGUUCUGUGUUACGUUAUUCUGUUUCUCGAUUCCCCGUGGAAUUUCAGGGGCAUGGGACUGCAGGUGGCUGCUGGAGAUGGUAGAAGGGAUCCAUUUGGGAGUUUUGAAUACCAUCGAAAAGACAAGGAAUUUCCUACCCCUGGCGUGUCUAAUGCCAUUUGGCCAUCAGCCUUGUAGUUGAAUUGAAUCCCUGUCAGCUGCCUUGCAAGAAUCCGAAAGGAGUGAUUGCAAUUGUUGGUCCUCAAAGGAUGGCAUUCACGAAAAGAGUGAAAAAGGUGGCUCUGUGGUGGAUAGCAUUUGUGAAGGAGGUGGUCUGCCAUGCCACUUGGAGUUACAAGGAAAGGAGUUCAGUAUGGCCUGCUCAUUUCGACGGAUGGAGGACACCCAGAGUCACUUCUUUACUGGUGAUGUGGUCUCAGACAAGUUGAGCUUAUGAUACAUUAGUUGGGCAGAUGAGCUUUAAUCUGCUCGUCACUGGUUAGCACAACUUUUUGUUGGUAGAAUAUACCCUUGGAUAUAUAAUAAAUAAAUAUCAUAUGAAAAUGACCCCAGAAAAUAGAAAUGGUAUACUUUA